CGUCCGUACGUCGGGCGAUAAUUAACCCUUCUGUCUUUCUCUCUUCUUUUCUCUGUAGGUCUUCACGUCCUACAGAGUUAUAGGGAAAGUCUACCUUAGGGCUGCAACUUGCGACUUUGUGUUGUGUGCCGAAACAUAUUUGGUCUUCGAUGGUGCGCGCCCGCCUGGUGUCUGUGAUAUAUCUUAGUGUCAUUUAAUUGCGUUCUUCUUACUGCGUGUUGCUGACUGGUUGUUGAAGAAGUUCGAUGAUGAAAUAAUACUAAAAUACGUAUUGUAUUUCUGUCUAAAUACAAACUGAACACAUCUUCGUUGCCACAUACCCACAUCACGAUACGAUCAUUACAUUCAAGGACCAUAAUAUUAUAAACACGUACCAGACAUUGGUGUGAUUUAAUUUAGGCAAAAUCGCAAAAGCUGAUACCUGUGUUCUCUCUUCAUCAUGAAAAUCUGGACUGUUCAACACACAUUUAACUAUCCAUGGGAGACAGUGGUUCAAGCAGCUUGGAACAAGUACCCAAAUCCAAUGAAUACAGCUGUCCUUGGAAUAGAUGUUAUUGAUCGGCAAGUAAUUAAUGGAGAACUUCAUUCACAUCGGUUAGUUACUACUAGAUGGACAUUGCCAAAUUGGGCAUGUGCAUUAAUGGGUCCAAUAAGUACGUUUUAUGCCAGUGAGUAUUCUAAAGUUAAUCGAGAUCGUCGGCAGUUAAAGUUAGAUAGUCAAAACUUAUCAUUGGGACCAUUUGUCAUAGUACGAGAAAAACUCACUUAUAAGCCACAUCCUGAUGAUCCACAAAAAACUUUACUUAAACAAACAGCUUAUGUCACUGUAGAAGGUUUACCAUGUAGUGGAUAUAUAGAAAAUAUACUUACCAGUAAAAUUUCAGGCAAUGCAGCAAAAGGAAGACAAGCUAUAGAAUGGGUUAUUGAAAAACUACAGCAUAAACAGUCAUUGUAAUUUAAAACUUAUUUAGGCCUACAGUUAAAUCAUUAUAUUGUGAAAUUAAAUUAUAUGGCUAUACCAAUC